CGUGAACGCAAAACAAGCUCAGAGAGAACUCACAGUGCCGAAUAGAGAGCGCCAAUUUAGUUAGAAACAGAAGAGGAAGAAGGGGGAUGACCAAUCCACCGUCGUCGGAGACUCUCCGGCCGACCGAAACCCUAGAAAUCGAGAACGGCCUCUCUCUAGUCCCCCGCGUGAAGCUCCUCCUCACCAUCCACCGCGCAGACCACUCCGUCAAGCCCCUCGACGAGUGGCAACUCAAGCGCUCCCUCACCGACUUCCUCAAAUCCUCCUUCUCCCUCACCGUUCCCGAAGACGACAUCGUCGUUCGCCGAUUCAAGGACCUCAAGAAGCGCAAGCGCGAUGAUCCUGUCGCUCACGGCGCUCUCUUCAUUCGCGACCUAGGGUUUCUAUCCAAGCUUUCCAGAUCGGAAAUUCUUCAUGGUAUAGAUGGAGAAGACGAUGUUAAGGAACUCGAGAAGAAGUUUCUGGGCUGGAGGAGAUCGGUUGUUGAUAAGACCGACGGGAUUGAGUUGAGUCUUGAAGGUGUUAAGUUUAGAUUGACUGCUUCAGUUCCGGAAUCGGAUGAUUUUGAUGGAAUGACGAAAGAGUGGGAAGAGCUUAAUGCGUUUGGUAAUCGAGGAUAUUCAAGAGGUGGGAGGCAGCAGCAGCCUGAUACAAUUGUGUUGAAAGGUGUUCCAUCGCGCUGGUUUGCUGAGCCGAGAGUUUCGUCUAAGCCUUCAAUGCUGGUCACUCACACGAUUUUUUCUGCAUUUGGGAAGAUAAGGAAUCUUAAUGUUGCUGAGAACGAUGACCUAGGUAAGAACGCGGAUGAAGAUAGCGGGGACAUUGUUUCAGGUCUCCAGUGUAAGAUUGUUGUUCAGUUUGAGAAAUACAAGGACUUCUGUACUGCCUUGAAAGUUCUCUGUGGCCGCUCAUUGCAAAAGCAAGGAUCACGAUUGAAAGCUGAUUAUGAGGUGACUUGGGACAAGGAUGGCUUCUUUCGAUAUGCUAGGAAUGAAACACAAGAAAAGAGUAGCUGGAUGCCACCAUUGGAUGUAGGAAAUUAUAGAAGUGAAGCUCCCAGACGUCAAUCACAUUUUUCUCGCUUCAGUCCUGACAAUGUGCGCUCUAAGAGAUUCAAGGUUGGAAACACUACACAUAAUACAAGAAUAAGGAAACGAAUGGAUUUCUUAAAAGAGAAGUGAGCCCAAAAACUGGAAGCAGAGUUUUGGUCUAGUUCAACAAUUUAGAAUUUGAUGCUUUGCAUGGCCCAUUUGUUGUACAAUAUUUAUUUUUUGACUUGUCAAAUAUUCUUAGAUUUAUGGUUCAAAUCCCAUAAUA